GAAUAUUGGAUAUUGGCAAAGGAUAUUAAUUGGCAACGGACGUAAAACAGGCAAGACUACUAAAUCAGUACAAUAUUUGCUGAACAUUUGGUAAAUCUCAAACAAAAACAGUUUAGCAGAAGUUAAUAGGCACCAUUACCAUUAAUAGAUGAUUCUAGUAAAAGAGCCGAUAGAGAUAAUAAAAGGCCAUUAUCUAACAACCUUAACAAUGCCUAAACAGUAUGAAAUAUCCUUUGAGGUUUAUCUAACUUCAAUUUCAACCGAAAUUACAAACAUUAUUCAUUUCACAAAUGGAAUUGAUUGUUGUGAUUACGGAACAAGAAUUUCGUCCGUCUUUCUUUCAACUCGUGAAACCACGGUUGCAGAAAUUAAUACACCCGUGAACGGAAAUGGCAACUAUCAAAUCUUUACAAAGCCGUUAUCAUUGAUGAAAUGGACAAAGUUUACUUUGAAACAGUAUUUAAGUAAUGGAAACUACUUUUUUGCUGUCGAAAUUGAUGGGGGAACCGUUCAUACAGUGCAAAACAAUGACCCCCGAGUAUUUGAAAACAUUCAAAUCUAUGUCAGCGAUUCAUGGUAUGAUUCACAACCAGGAUACAUAAGAAACUUAUUUGUACCAAUUGCGGAUACAAACAGUUACUCGUUUUAUAGAGACGUAAUGAGCGAAGCCACGAUGGCAAUGUCGGAUGUUAUUAAGGUUCCCUUAACGAAUAUUUUCGGAGUUGACGUCAUGGAUGCUUAUUUCGAUCCUUCAAAUGAAGCUUAUGAUGCUGACACGUGUAUCUUUGCAUGCUUACAAAAGGGAAAAUGUUUUUCUUCAAGUUAUUCGCAAACUGGGCGAGUCUGCAUGUUAUAUGAUGUAAAUAUCAGAACCAAUCAAAGCUCUUUUAGCAGUAAUGUAGAUUGGGAUACUUACGUAUUAUGAAAUUUGCUUCAAACUACAUUUUAUGUAGUUACCUAGAGAUAUAACAUAUUAAGUACAAAAUAA